UUUCAGUCAUCGUUUGAGAGUCGGAGGGCGCACACGCGGCGAUCAUCUCUCAACUCUCGGAGCGUAACACUUUAUUUUAGUUCAAAUAAAAUAUAAUGUUGUAUUCAUAUUUUAAAGUUGUUUGAUUGGUUUCGUGUAGAGUCAGUCAGUUUUUGUUGUUGUCGUGAGUGUUGUGUUUUGUUGACAGUAAGUUAAGUCGUAAACUUUUUUAUUCGUGUUUAAGCACUUGACCCGCGUUUACAGCUGACAUCUUUAUACCGGGAUGUAAAUAUACUGUGCUCUAGGAUCAUUACUCAAAAAGCUAAAAGGAGAAUCUGGGUGUAUAGAGUAAGCUUAACCCGCUUUAAAAGUAAAAUUCAGCAAUGAAACAUUAAUAUCAUUCAAAAUGGAGUCAACCGAAGACGAAUUCUACACUAUCUGUCUGAACCUGACUGCCGAAGACCCAAGCUUCGGAAACUGUAAUUACACAACCGACUUUGAGAAUGGAGAGCUCCUUGAGAAAGUCGUAUCCAGAGUUGUCCCCAUCUUCUUUGGCUUUAUCGGAAUCGUUGGUCUCGUUGGCAAUGCUCUGGUUGUCUUGGUGGUAGCGGCAAACCCUGGCAUGAGAUCAACUACGAACCUGCUCAUCAUCAACCUGGCUGUCGCUGAUUUGCUCUUCGUAAUUUUCUGCGUCCCCUUCACUGCUACGGACUACGUCAUGCCCAGGUGGCCAUUCGGAGACUGGUGGUGCAAAGUGGUCCAAUAUUUUAUUGUUGUGACUGCUCACGCAUCAGUUUAUACUCUGGUACUCAUGUCCUUGGACAGAUUCAUGGCAGUAGUGCACCCAAUAGCGUCCAUGUCGAUCAGGACUGAGAAGAAUGCCUUGUUGGCUAUCGCCUGCAUCUGGGUAGUAAUACUAACCACUGCCAUACCAGUCGGUAUCUGCCACGGAGAGAGAGAGUAUUCCUACUUCAACAGGAAUCAUUCAUCGUGUGUUUUCCUAGAGGAGCGUGGAUACAGCAAGCUUGGCUUUCAAAUGUCAUUUUUCCUAUCAUCAUACGUGAUCCCUCUCGCGCUGAUCAGUGUCCUGUACAUGUGCAUGCUGACGAGGCUUUGGAAGAGUGCGCCUGGUGGGAGGGUGUCAGCAGAGAGCAGGAGGGGCAGGAAAAAAGUGACCAGAAUGGUUGUUGUGGUCGUCGUAGUGUUUGCUGUCUGCUGGUGCCCUAUUCAGAUAAUUCUACUGGUCAAGGCUCUGAACAAGUACCACAUCACGUACUUCACGGUGACCGCCCAGAUCGUGUCCCACGUGCUCGCCUACAUGAACAGCUGCGUCAACCCGGUGCUCUACGCGUUCCUCUCGGAAAACUUCAGGGUUGCAUUCCGAAAGGUAAUGUACUGCCCGCCACCGUACAACGAUGGCUUUUCUGGACGUCCUCAGGCCACCAAAACUACACGUACAGGCAACGGGAACUCCUGUCACGACAUCGUGUGAGGAGCAGGUCGCAGUCGGGCAUCGAACGCGGGACAACGGACCACGGCCGUCUGAGCAUCCACCGACUCUGUACACGGAUUCAAUCCUACUUGUAAAUACUUUUUAUAGAACAUAUUGUAUAUAUGCAUUGAAUUUUCAUUAGCACUAGUGUUGAGUUGGAAAUGUGUAAAUAAAGAAAAGCUGUAGAGAUGAAGUACGUGGUUAACAUUUGAAAACGUUUAGUUAAGUUUGCGGUUGAUGUCUAGUUAGAUGAUCUAUGUACGCAUUUAUAUAUUUGUAAAAUGUAAAUAAAUGUCUCGGUGAUACUGAAAAUUUCCUCACACAUUUCCGUGUUUUGAGCCCGAAUAUAGAAAUGGCUGAUGAAAUUUUGAAUUGACGUAAUAAGUUUUAAACGUUAUGUAUAAUUACGUAUUAUUAAGAGAAGUACUAGUCAUAUGCUUAAUUAGAAUUUGUUAUUUAAAAAUUUAUGACUACUAUGUAAGUUAAUUUUGUAAGUGUAAUAUGUUAGUUGUUCAAAAGAUCCCCGUUAUUAAUAGAACAAAUGAACCUACUGUUUAUGUAAUGAUGUAAUCGUGCUUUGAGCAGUAAUCAAUAAAGUAAAUGUUUUUAUAAAA